UCACCCCGCUUUUAUGCCAUCGCCUCACCAAAGCAACUCAAAUCCACUCUUUUGAGCCUAGAUCCACCACCCACCUUGAAGUAACCACCGAUCCUUGACACUUAUAUUACUCGCACACUCUUGCUUAGUCGGUUCACGCGUCUUCUUUAGUGCUUCUCGAGUCCACCUUUAUUCAAAUUCUGAUUUCCACACCACAAAUGUCUGCUGAAACACCCCAGCAUUUCGAGCGACGCAAAUACUUGGGGGAGUUGGAGCAUAAGGUCGAGGCUCUUCAGAUUCAUACCUUGAAUUUGUCGCAGCUUAAUGAACUUGGAAUUGACUUACAACCAAUGUCUCUCAAAGGGACUUCUGGCCGUAAACCUUUCUUCUUCGAGUCGCAUUCCGGUCUUCCAGACCCGGACGAGGAGGAGGUCCACGAUACCCAGUCAAAGCUGGACGACGAGGACACUGCUUCACGAGUCCCUUCGACCGUGGAGGGCAGUCCGAAAUUACUUGGUCUCACUAUGCCUUUCUUUCAAAGUAUUAUGCGGACAGGGAGACUUGGACUAGGAAAGAGCCGGGUGACUACAAGCCUUACAAGAGUUUGUACCACACGGGUUGGCCAUACCAUUUUGGCGUUUACCAUAUGACCGAUGUCCAUGGGAAGAAACUUCCCACACACCAUGGCAGUCAUUUACAACAACCUGGAAGGAAAAGAUCAGGAAAUCCUUCGGGGAGAGUUGUUGAUUAUUCUUCGAAUGAUGAUAGGU